GGCAGUUCCCUCCUGACACUGUUUACAGCACUUGAAUCAGUCUCUUAAUCUGUAUAGGGAAUUAAACAGGACAGCAUCAAGGCACGGUAGUUACCGCAGAGAUGCAUCUUCAUUUUAUUCCCUUCUUUGCAGUGCUAAUAAGUGGUGUCUUAUGUACAUUUUAUGACUAUGGUUAUGAUGGAGGAUAUGCUGGGCCAGAGGGAGAUUACUAUGUCUCAAGUUUAUCUUUGGGACCAUCUACUGCAAACUGUGCUCCAGAAUGCACCUGUCCUUUCAACUAUCCCUCUGCAAUGUAUUGUGACAACCGCAAAUUAAAGGUAAUCCCAAUGGUUCCUGCUGGAAUACAAUAUUUGUACCUGCAAAGCAACAUGAUUGAGGCUAUAGAAGAGGAUGCUUUUAAGAAUGUUACUGAAUUGAAAUGGCUUAUUCUAGACCACAACCAGCUGACCAAUGGCAAAAUCAAGAAAAAUGCUUUUUCCAGUCUAAAACACCUAGUCAAGUUAUAUAUCAGCUUUAACAACCUUACUGAACUUGUAGGGCCACUACCAAAAACCAUGGAUGACCUUCGUGUAACCAACAAUAAAAUAUCAAAGAUUACUCCUAACAUUUUGGAAGGUCUAGAGAAUUUAACUCACAUUCACCUGCAGUACAAUGCUCUAAAAGAAGAUUCCAUUUCAGGGGCAUUUAAAGGUCUAAAACAACUUGAAUAUCUUGACCUUAGUUUUAAUGAACUGACAAAGCUACCCAAGGGACUUCCUCCAAGCAUAACUACUUUAUAUUUUGACAACAAUAAAAUUGCUAAUAUCCCAGAUGAGUUUUUCCAAGGUUUUAAAGCUCUGCAAUAUCUUCGCCUGUCCAACAACAAAUUGAAGGAUGGAGGUGUACCUGGAAAUGCUUUCAACAUCUCAAGUCUUGUUGAGUUGGAUCUUUCAUUCAAUGAACUUGGGAGCAUUCCAGCUGUGAAUGAAGGUCUAGAAAACCUCUACUUGCAAGUCAACAAAAUUCAAAAAUUCAAUCUGAACAGCUUCUGUAAAAUUAUUGGACCACUGGAAUACUCCAAAAUUAGACACCUUCGUUUAGAUGGAAACAAUAUCAGCAGAGUUGACCUACCCCAGGACAUGUACAGCUGUCUCCGUGUGGCCAGUGAAAUAGACCUAGGUUAAAAUGCUUGGUAAUAUUCAGAGAGUGGUUAUCCAAGCUACUUCUUUAAUCUUUCUUUCAGGUUCCAGAAACACAUUCAAAUAAAAAAUUAUAGAUGCAAGCAAAUUACAUCAUUCAUUUUAGAUUGUGAUAAAAAAUAUAAAUGCUUUUUGAUACAUCGCGAUCUAUGCAUGAAAUUGAACUACCCACAAAUUAUUUUGAUCCAACUUUUAUUUAGAUUUUAGAGAGAAAAAUUAAAGUAUUUCAAAAAUCGUACUUAUGGCAUCCUCAGGACCUAAUAUCCUUGGAAUGCUUGGCAAGUUACUUAUUAAACAUUUGUGGUCUACUGCUGUUUAAAUAAUGAAAAGCCAACAUCUGAUUGGUUACUAAGAAUUGGCAAACAAAGGCAGACUGUACUAAAGUCCUGAAAGAAGCAGCCUUGGUAUCACUGAUCAAGAAAUACUCUUUAGACUUCUGCAAUGAUCUCUUUCUACUAGGCUAAAGAAUAUUUGUAUACUAACAAAUGUCAUUACUAACAGAGCAUUAAUUAAGUGACCACAUGGUCUGUUUACUUUGAAAGAAAGAAUCAGGGCAUGAUUUGUACAGUGCAUUGAGCUACAUAUUUUCAACAUUCUGAAUUUCAGUAAUAUUUGCAUAUUAGUUUUGUACUUUGGCAAUUUUAAAAGGGCUAUAAUACUGCAAUUUGAAUAGUACAUCUUCAACCAUAACAUUUCCUAAGAAUACAAUUCAAAUUUACUAGUAAUAUCAGUUUUUCAGUUUUUUUUUACAGUUUUAAAUAAAGGCUUUUGAUUUCACUAGGCCUCUUUACACAUUUAUAUACUUAGUAAGACAGGGUUGUUAAAAUGUUAUAUUUUCAGUUUAUUUUCAGUUUAUAUGUAAUAAUCCAUCUAUUUAAAUAAAAAUGUUGGAAAAGUAAUAAAAUAAUUAAAAACUCA